UAAUCAUCUCCUUUUCUCUCUUUGAUUAACAUAACCUUUCUCUUCGCCGGAGUCCCUUUUUUGCGAGAGAAAGGUUCGAUUCUCAUCCGGAGAGAAAAGGAUCUUCAAUAAACACAAACAAAAAAUAAAAAAAGAAUUAAAAAAAUGGGUGCUUGUGCUAGUGUACCAAAGGCCAUGAGGGAAGAUGCCCCUGCUCCUGAACCAGCCAAGGAAGAAACAACCGCCGCCGCCACCGCCGAGGAGACCGAGGUCCCCGUCCCGGUUGAAGUUGAAGAGAAGAAGGUUGAUGAAGUCUCCCCCGUAGAGGAAGCUGAAGCAGCAGCUGAGGCAUCCACCGCGGAGAAGGCUGUUGAAGAAACACCAAAGGAGGCUGAGAUAACCGAAGCCGUCCCGGAGAUCAAACCGGCUGAGGAAGCAUCCCCAGUAAAAGAGGAGAAAGUAGAAGAAAUCAAAACUGAGGAAGCCGCCCCAGUAAAAGAAGAUGUUAAAAAGGAAGAAACUAAAACCGAGGAAGAAACAACCCCAUUAAAACAGGACAAAGAAGAAGAAGAUAAGAAAGAUGAAAUCAAAACAGAGCAGUGAUGUAUGUGUGUGUGUGUGGGGGAGUGAUGGUGUAUACCUUAUGGUAUUGAAUAAUGUAAUUGUAGAUGGUUGUGGGAAAUUAGAUGGCUGCCACGGAGAAAUGAAACGGAAAAAAAAACAUAUGAUAAUGGCGUCUUAGGAUGGAAUGGGAUCUUCGAUGUUCAGGCACCAUUUCUUUGUGUCUGAAACAGGGGAAAAUGUUGUUUUGUUUUUGGAAAGAUCUGUAUGAAUAUUUCUUAGGACAGUUUGACAUAUUCAUAGCCUCAAAAAUUUCGGUUUUCUCUUUGAUUUUUGAUCAUAUUCUAACAUCAAAUCCAAUUAAGGAUGAUGACCAUCAUUUGCGUAAUCUAAAAAAUUG